AUGAUCACCGCGGAUGAGGCUUUCCAGAAAAUCAUUGACCAGCUAGAUGCCAUGAUCGAAGCCGGUAAACAAAAUUUCGGCAGUGAACAAGGCAUUGAAGUCGCGCCAGGCUCCUCGACCGAGGUUCAUCCUGGGUUCCCCCAACGUGUCGAAGGAGAUAUCGUCUUUUGCGAUGCCGAUAAUAUCAACACUGACGGCAUCUACCCGGGUAAAAACACUUACCAGGACAAUGUUCCUGUCGAGAAGAUGGCCGAGGUUUGCAUGGAGAAUUAUGAUCCCAAAUUGUCAUCCCUCUCGAAAACCGGCGACGAUCUGGUUUCGGGAUUCAACUUUGGCUGCGGCAGUUCUCGUGAGCAAGCUGCCACGGCGAUCCUGGCCAAGGAAAUUCCUUUGGUUGUUGCCGGUAGCUUUGGCAACAUCUUUUCUCGAAACAGUGUCAACAACGCUCUGAUGGGCUUGGAGAUGCCGAAGCUGGUCACUCGACUUCGUGAAACAUUCUCGGAUCUCCCGGGAUCCAAAGUCGGUGGAGAGGUUACUGAGCCAACUGGGAACAAAGAGAAUCAACAGAGCUUGGAUUCUCCUCCGCCGAAUCCCCCAACACCACGUGAGAAACAAUUGAGUCGUAGGACUGGCUGGACUUUGGUCUGGGAUGUGAAGGAAUCUCAAAUCGAAGCCACCGAAGGCCCAGGGGGGAAAAGUGGACAGAAAAGGUUGGUGAACUACCUCCCAACGUCCAAGAGAUCAUUGCCAAAAGGUCGCCUUGAGAGAUGGGUUCAGAUUGAGAUUGCUGCAGCUUAGACACACUAUGGUCUGUGAUGUUUGGGAGGUCAUAG